UGAAUAGCCAAGUGCGACUCCUGACCUUACGCCGUCAAGUUCUAUCGGUGACACAUUGACUAUCCAUUAAUUCAAGUAUUCAUAAGUUUCGGGAACUAUUGAUUCUAAUUUUGAAGGAAUUUAAUUUAUUUUGUUAUAAAGAGAAAAUGAGUUUCCUGAAAGACCGAGACAUGGACAACGCGCCAUCUAUCUACGAAUAUUAUAAAGGGAAGACCAUUUUCAUUACUGGUGGUUCAGGUUUUAUGGGCAAGGUUUUAGUAGAGAAACUGUUGUACUCCUGCUCUGAACUGGACAGAAUAUAUUUACUGUUGAGAGACAAGGGCGGUGUGAAUGCAGAGGAUCGACUGGCAGCUAUGUAUUCCUCUAAGUGUUUCGAUCGACUGAGGAAGGAGAAGCCAGAUAUUUUCCAGAAGAAGGUGUUUUUCAUUGCCGGAGAUUGUAGUGAACUAGGUUUAGGAAUUGGUGCUGAUGAUCGGACCCUUAUAGUGAACAGAACUAACAUCAUCUUCCAUGUGGCUGCUAGCGUCAGGUUUUAUGAUUCAUUGAAAAAAGCAGCCAAGCUAAAUCUUCGGGGUACGAGAGAGAUUGUUGAACUUGCAAAGGAAGUCAGAAAUUUGGAAGCGCUGAUCCACGUGUCAACAUCCUACGCGAACACAAACCGGGAGUGUAUCGAGGAAGUCAUUUAUCCAGCCUUCGCGGAUUGGAGAGACACUCUGGAAAUUUGUGACAACAUCGACGACAAUACCCUUAACAUAGUCACGGCUAAAUAUCUAGGAGAGCUUCCAAACACGUAUACUUUUACAAAACAGUUGGCUGAACAUGUCAUGGCCGAGCAAAAGGGCAAACUGCCUAUCGUCAUCAUGAGACCGUCCAUUGUGAUAUCAAGUUUGAAUGAACCAUCAGUAGGAUGGAUAGAAAAUCUCAAUGGACCAGUUGGAAUGAUUAUAGCUAGUGGAAAAGGAAUUUUACGGUCACUGUAUACGAACCCGGACCUGCAAGCAGAUUACAUGCCAGUUGACAUCUGUAUAAAAACUUUUAUAGCCGCUGCAUGGGCAAGAGGUACCCAGAAAUUAAAACCAACAGACGAGAUUGAAGUAUACAACGUGUCCCAAAGUCAUAAAAUUAAGGGAUUGUCAAUGGGGGAAAUUGUGGAGGUGGGCAAGAAAAUCAUCCACGAAAUACCCUUAGAGGGGAUGUUGUGGUACGCUGGCGGGUCAUUGACUACGUCCAAGUUUGUAUACAAUAUGAAGGUGUUACUCUAUCAUCUAUUGCCAGCUAUUUUGGUCGAUUUGGUGUUGAGGAUUACUGGUAACAAGCCAAUGAUGGUCAAAAUCCAAAGACGCAUCUAUAUAGGCAAUCUGGCCGUACAAUACUUUGUACUGCAGCAAUGGACAUUCACAAACAACAAUAUAGUAGAGCUUCGAGAGAAAAUCAAGGAGGAGGACCGAGAUCACUUUUAUUACUUAAUGGAGACUUUAGAUCCAUACGAAUUCUUCAAAAACGCUUGUAUUGGAGGGAAAGAGUAUAUUUUGAACGAGAAAAUGGAAAAUCUUCCAAAAGCCAAGGCUCAUUUGAAAAGAAUGAAGCUCUUGGACCAAGUGGUGACGGUAGCUAUCCGGGGUUAUGCUCUGUGGUUCGUCGCUAAUAUUGGGUUUGUCAGACGUUUUCUGGAAUCUCUUUUUUAAUGUAUUAUUUAUUAUAUUAACUGGAAUGAGAGUUCAAUAAAGCCAAUGAUACU